AUGGCGAGUAAAGGAGCAGCGCGUGUCAGAAAGAAGGAGAUUGUGAAGGUGAUUCAUGGAGCGCUGUUGAGGACCAAUAUUAAAGCCCAAAUGGCAUCGGCAGCACCACCACUGGGUCCCCAACUCGGUCAACGUGGUCUAAACGUGGCGAAUUUCUGUAAAGAGUUCAAUAAAGAGACGGGACACUUUAAACAAGGAGUUCCACUACCGACACGUAUCACUGUCAAACCUGAUAGAACGUAUGAUCGCGAGAUUUGUACGCCGACGACCACGUGGUUGCUGAAACAGGCGGCUGGAAUUGGAAGGGGAAAAGCUAGUAAAGACGAAAUCGUUGGAAAACUGUCGGUGAAGCAUCUCUACGAAAUCGCGAAAGUCAAAUCGCGAGACAAGGCUCUUCAACACGUGGAACUGGAGCAUAUCUGCCGAAUGUUGAUCAAAACGUGCAGAACACUCGGCAUUGAAGUACAGUAUCACGAUUUGAAUCCAGAUGAGUUGAAGGAGUUUCUGGUGGCCAGAAAAGAGAAAGUGGAUGCUCAAUUGAAGGAGUUGGCUGAUAAGAAGGCGGCGAAAAUGCUCAGAACCACUUGA